GUUCGUACCGAGGAAGAGAAGAAGGCGGCUGCGCUCGAUGCUGGUCUGAGGCGGAUUUGCACGCCCAAGGCCAAGACAGGCAAACUAGAUGUGGCCCCGGAAGUCUACCAGCAGUGGAAGAAGGGUGGAACGGAGCGAAAGCUUCUUCUUGAACACUUCAUUCAGGCAGGAGCGAACAAGGACGCCUUCAUCAAGCGCAUCGAGCACAUCCGGACCAAGUCCCGGACCAGCAAGCUGGUUGUCAGUAGCGGUUGGUACACAAAGGAUGCCAUGAAGAAAACCCUUGGAUGGCGGGACAAGUACCAGAAGAAGCUCAAGGAGUACUGGGUGGAUGUUUCUACCCAGGGCACCUUUCAGAAGACCUCCGAGGAAGUUUUCAGGGAGCAGUUGUCGGGGGAAGGAAUGGCCGACGAUAUCACUGUCGGAGGUGUCAACCCAGGCGAACCCCUGGAUGCCAGUUCGGGUGAGUCCUCUGCAGGGGAGGAUGAGUCAGAUGAUGACGCUGACAGUGGUGCUGGGAAACCUCGCAAAGGGGGCCGGGGCAAGGGUAACGGAAAUGCCAAGACAUCCAUUGAGGAGGAGAAAGCCCUCGAGGCAGUGGAGAAUGUCGGCGCCGUGAUGACGAAUAUCCUUCGCACACAGGGGAAGAUGGAGGAUCUUACCCUGAAGCUUCAGGCUUUGAAGACGGCUGAGGCCACGAGCGAAGAGACGAUUCGCAAGCAUGUUGGUGAGAUCAUGAAACUUCAUGACAAGAUGGCUGACUUGAAAUCGUACUUCGAUGGACAUGGUGCGAUGAGCCCUGAGAAAACGGCUGAGCUUCAGAAGCUGGUGCAGGCGGUGGUGCAGCCGUGCGAUGAUGGAGGAUACGAAGCUGAAGAGGACUUUGCUUCGCCCGAAGACGAAGCCACCUUCGCAGGGCACGAGACCCGCCUGGGCCAAUCCUUGAUAAAAUACCACAUGGAGGCCAAGCUUGACGUAUCCUUUGUGGACGUUUUUCUGAAGAAACCCCAUCCUAUUCUGGCGAUUCGGGACUUCGUUGAGGGACUGUCUCUUGAGGACCACAUGACGACCCUUUUUCAUGGGCACGAGGCUGCAGACUAUGCGAGAUUCUGGGCCGAUUGGCAGAAGGUGCAGCCCGACCAUCCGGUUUACGAAGUUCAUGCUGGCCGUUUAGACAAAGUCGUACCAAUUUGGAUUCAUGCCGAUGAGGGUACCAGCCAAAAGAAAAAAGGACUUAUGGUCCUUUCCUGGCAGCCUUUGCUUGGACAGGGGACGCAGCGCAAACCGGACUCCAGCUUGAACUUUCUGGGCCCGAGUGUUUCGACUCGUUUGUUGUUUUCUGUUAUGUCCACCCAGCUAUACAACACAGCCAGCAAGAAGAAACGUCUUAUGGCUCUUGCCGAUGUUUUUGCGAGAAACCUUGCUGAUUGUUUCGAGCGACCUAUCGAUGUUGCCUGGAAUGGCACUUCCGAGCAAAUCUACCUGUGCUGCUUGGGCAUGAAAGGCGAUUGGCCUGCCUUAAUAAAACUGGGAAAUCUCAAUCGACACCACUUGCGUGACACGUGGUCAACAGAUGCCGGUGCCGGCAUCUGCCAUUACUGCAUGGGUGGCAUGCGGGGGCACGCUUGGCAUGAUUUAUCAUUCGCCAAUAUGCUGGCCAUGAGACAGGAUGCACCGCCGCCGUGGUCCACCCCCCCUGUGCUGAUCCAGCACGUGCCCCACAGCAUUCUGCAGGAGCCGUACUUUUUCCGCAUCGACCUCUUCCACCUCAUGCACAAAGGUGUGCUGGCAGAUGUGUCAUGCUACGAUUUUGCGCUCUUCGGCUGGGUGUCGUCUGAUAAGAGCUCAUGGUUGUGGUUCAAAGGGAACGACACGACAUCUUUGUGCAAAUAUUUGGAGUGGAAGCUCAAGGAUGUGCACACGAGCACCGACAUGAGUGGAUCCGACCAGCUAUACUUUGCUGAAAUGGCAUCUUUGCUGUCUUGUGGCAACAAGCUGAUGCACCGACUGUACUUUGCUGGCUUGUGGUUGUCAACAAAAGAACGUGACAAGAUCAUUGCUGUAGGGGACAAAUUCGUGUCCACGUUCAUGCUGCUGGCCCAAAUGGCCUACGACUGGGAUUUAUGCCGCUGGAAAGUGCAAACGAAAUUCCACAUGCUGGGAGAGCUUCUCUUCGGCCUGAAGAUGGAUAGGGUCAGAGGCUGCAGAUCACUCAAUCCUCUUUCCUACUCCACACAGGUGGACGAAGAUUUUAUUGGAAAGGUCAGCAUAUCAUCAAGAUAUGUCAGUUCUCGUGCCCUGCACGAGAAGACCAUUCACCGGUACUUGUUGAAGCUCAAGCAAUGUUGGGCCUAA